AUUAGGAUCGAAACAAAUUACAAUAGAAAAAGUAUAGGAAUUGGUUUCUCUUUGAUCCUUUUUUUCUUCUUGUUUACAAGAUGGCAAGAGUUCUCAUCACUUUAGUGGGACUUUUGUUCCUUUGUUUCUCUGAAACAUUGGCAAGAGCUGAAUAUUUGAAAUACAAAGACCCAAAACAGCCCUUGAAUGUUCGCAUUAAGGACCUACUUGGUCGGAUGACUUUCGAGGAAAAAAUUGGCCAAAUGGUGCAAAUUGAAAGAGUUAAUGCUACAUUUGAGGUUAUGCAAAAAUAUUUCAUUGGGAGUGUAUUGAGUGGUGGAGGCAGUGUUCCAUCAAAGAAAGCUUCAGCCAAGGAUUGGGUCCACAUGGUCAAUAAAAUUCAAAAAGGAGCUUUGUCGACUAGACUUGGAAUUCCAAUGAUAUAUGGGGUUGAUGCUGUACAUGGUCACAACAAUGUCUAUAAAGCAACAAUCUUCCCUCACAAUAUUGGUCUUGGAGCUACGAGGGAUCCUCAGCUUGUGAAAAUUGGAAUUGCUACUGCACUUGAAGUUAGAGCUACUGGGAUUCCUUAUACUUUUGCACCUUGUAUAGCGGUUUGUAGAGAUCCAAGAUGGGGUCGGUGUUAUGAAAGUUAUGGUGAAGAUCCUAAGAUCAUUCAAGCUAGAGAGAUUAUACUAGGUUUACAAGGAGAUAUCCCACCUAAUUCUCGCAAGGGUGUUCCAUAUGUCGCUGGAAAAAAAAAUGUAGCAGCAUGUGCAAAACACUUUGUUGGAGAUGGUGGAACAACUAAGGGGAUCAAUGAGAACAACACAGUAAUAGAUAGACAUAGUUUACUUAGCAUUCAUAUGCCAGGUUACUACAACUCAAUAAUCAAGGGAGUUGCAACCCUCAUGGUUUCGUAUUCAAGCGUGAAUGGAGAGAAGAUGCACGCAAACCAGAAUCUUGUUACCAACUUUCUUAAAAAUACUCUUAAUUUUAGGGGUUUUGUAAUCUCAGAUUGGCAGGGUAUUGAUAAGAUUACAAGUCCACCUCAUUCUAACUAUACAUAUUCCAUUAUGGCGAGCGUUAAUGCUGGUGUUGACAUGAUUAUGGUGCCAUACAACUACACAGAGUUCAUCGACGGUCUUACCUAUUUGGUAAAAAAUAAUGCAAUUCCUAUUAGUCGAAUUGAUGAUGCAGUGAAGAGAAUAUUGCGAGUCAAAUUUAUUAUGGGUUUAUUUGAGAACCCAUUAGCUGACUUAAGUUUGAUUAAUGAGCUUGGUAAACAGGAGCAUAGAGAAUUAGCAAGAGAAGCUGUUAGAAAAUCACUUGUAUUAUUGAAAAAUGGAAAAUUUCCUAACCAACCAUUACUGCCUCUCCCAAAGAAAGCACCAAAGAUACUUGUUGCUGGAAGCCAUGCAAACAACCUUGGAAAUCAGUGUGGUGGUUGGACUAUGGAAUGGCAAGGAUUUAGUGGCAACAACCUUACUAUUGGUACACCAAUCCUUGCUGCAAUAAAAGACACAGUUGAUCCUGAAACAAAAGUUAUAUUUGAAGAGAAUCCAAGUGUGGAAUUUCUCAAAUCACACGAUUUUUCUUAUGCCAUUGUCGUCGUUGGAGAAAAUCCAUAUGCAGAAACCAAUGGUGAUAGCUUGAAUCUUACAAUUCCUCAUCCUGGUCCAGAAACAAUCACAAAUGUUUGUGGAGUAGUAAAAUGUGUAGUUAUAGUAAUCUCAGGACGACCAGUAGUAAUCCAACCUUAUAUUGCUUCGAUGGAUGCACUUGUUGCUACAUGGCUUCCAGGAACUGAAGGCAAAGGCAUUACAGAUGUGUUAUUUGGUGACUAUGGCUUUAUUGGUAAGCUUUCAAUGACAUGGUUCAAGACUGUUGAUCAAUUGCCAAUGAAUUUUGGAGAUCCACAUUAUGAUCCUCUUUUCCCAUUUGGAUAUGGUCUCACUACAGAGCCUAUCAAAGCUAAUUGAAUGAGUGUUCAACUUGAGCAUAUAAAUGCAAUGAAAUGUUCUUCAAAACUCUCUACUUGAUUAGGGUUUUUAUUUUCAACUUUGUUGUGAUAAAUAUUAUUGUUUGCCUA